GUCAGCUCUCCGCCUGCUCAGGCAGAGCCGCGGGCAGCCCCAGCCCUCCGCGAGGCCCCGCACAGCGAUGGCGGCUUUGGCAGCGGUGCUGCAGUCCCGGAGCCUGGGCUUCCCGUGGCUGCUGCGGACCUGGGCAGGCGGGGCGCGGGGCGCGGCGAGGGGCGCAGCAGCAGGGCUGCACGACUAUGACCUCCUGGUGAUUGGAGGGGGAUCUGGUGGCCUGGCCUGCGCCAAGGAAGCUGCUCAGCUGGGCAGGAAGGUGGCUGUGGUGGACUAUGUGGACCCUUCUCCUCGAGGCACCAGGUGGGGUCUCGGUGGCACCUGUGUGAAUGUUGGCUGCAUUCCCAAGAAACUAAUGCACCAGGCAGCGCUACUGGGGGGCAUGAUCCAAGAUGCCCGCAACUACGGUUGGGAGGUGGCCCAGCCCAUUCUACAUGACUGGAGGAAGAUGGCAGAGGCUGUGCAAAACCAUGUGAAAUCCCUCAACUGGGGUCACCGAGUCCAGUUGCAGGACAGGAAAGUCAAGUACUUUAACAUCAAGGCCAGCUUUGUCGACCAGCACACUGUUCGUGGUGUCACAAAAGGAGGGAAAGAGACUCUGCUCUCGGCGGAACACAUUGUCAUUGCUACUGGAGGGCGGCCGAAGUACCCCGCACAUAUUGAAGGUGCCUUGGAAUAUGGAAUUACAAGUGAUGACAUCUUCUGGCUGAAGGAAUCCCCUGGAAAGACGUUGGUGGUCGGGGCCAGCUAUGUGGCCUUGGAGUGUGCCGGCUUCCUCACUGGGAUCGGGUUGGACACCACUGUCAUGAUGCGCAGCAUUCCCCUCAGAGGCUUCGAUCAGCAAAUGUCUGGCCUGGUGACAGAGCACAUGGUAGCUCACGGCACUCGGUUCCUGAAGGGCUGUACAGCCUCUAGAGUGGAGAGGCUGCCCAGUGGCCAGCUACAGGUCACCUGGAAGGACUUGGCCUCUGGCAAGGAGGACAUGGGCACCUUUGACACUGUCCUGUGGGCAAUAGGUCGAAUUCCAGAAACUCGAAGUCUGAAUUUGGAGAAAGCUGGAGUCAACACCAAUCCUGACAAUCAGAAGAUCUUGGUUAACACCCAGGAAGCCACCUCUGUCCCCCACAUCUAUGCCAUUGGAGAUGUGGCAGAGGGACGACCAGAGCUGACCCCCACAGCAAUAAUGGCAGGGAAACUGUUGGCCCAGCGGCUCUAUGGUCAGUCUGCAGACUUGAUGGAUUAUGACAACGUUCCCACAACUGUCUUUACCCCGCUGGAGUAUGGCUGCGUGGGGCUAUCUGAGGAGGAGGCUGUGGCUCGCCAUGGAGAUGACCAUGUGGAAGUUUAUCAUGCGUAUUACAAACCGCUGGAGUUCACAGUGGCUGAACGUGAUGCCUCCCAGUGUUACAUAAAGAUGGUGUGCCUGCGGGAGCCCCCACAGCUGGUGCUGGGCCUGCACUUCCUAGGUCCCAACGCAGGCGAAGUUACUCAGGGAUUUGCUCUGGGGAUCAAGUGUGGGGCUUCCUACACACAAGUGAUGCAGACAGUGGGCAUCCACCCCACCUGUGCCGAGGAGGUGGCCAAGCUGCGCAUCUCCAAGCGCUCAGGUCUAGACCCCACCGUGACGGGCUGCUGAGGCUAAGCCGCCAUCCCUGCCGGGCCUGGGACAUGCCGUCCACCUGCUACCCCACAUCCAGGUUCAUCGGAGGCUCAGGUCCAGAUACAAACAGAGAGGGAAAGAUAGACUCCACAGCACUGCUCCACCACUUGAACAGCUUUCCCUGUACAGAAAGUGUGGUGCCAGAGGCUUGGACUCUGUAUACAGCUCAACUGGGUGAGCUAUCUCCCAGCCCCACCCCCUUUUUAUGUAGGGUACUAGAGCCUUGUAUGUACAUCAUAGCACUACUCCCAACCACCAACUUAUUUUUAAUUGCCACCAAUGUUAUCUCUGGGGCUCGGUGCCUGCACAAUGAAUCCAUGGCUUCCAGUGGCCAUUUUGCUUCAUUUCAUUUUUUUUUUCUUUUCUUUUCUUCACUUGAUAGGACAGAGGGAAAUUGAUUGGGGAAGACUGGAGGGAGAGAGAAAAAUAGACACCAAGAGCCAGGUAGUGGUACACUUGAUUAGGCAAACACAUUGUCAUGCACAAGGACCCAAGUUUGAGCCCCUACUCCCCCUUGUGGGGGGGGUGCUUCAUGAAUGGUGAAGCAGGUCAGCAGGUGUUUCUCUUUCUCUCUUUCUCUCUAUUUUCCCCUCCCCUUUCAAUUGCCCUCUGCCCUAUCAAAUGAAAUAGAAAGGGGAAAAGAAGAAAGAAAAAAAAAAAGGCUGCCGGGAGUGGCAGAUUUGUAAUGCCAUCCUCGAGCCCCGGUGAUAACCCUGGUGGCAGUAAAAAAUAAUAAUAGUGGUCCAGGAGGUGGCGCAGUGGAUAAAGCAUCGGACUCCCAAGCAUGAGGUCCUGAGUUCAAUCCCUGGCAGCACAUGUACCAGAGUGAUGUCUAGCUCUUUCUCUCUCCACCUAUGUUUCUCAUUAAUAAAUAAAUAAAAUCUUUUAAAAAUAUAAUAAUAACAAUAAUAAAACAAAAUGUUAGAGAGAGAGAGGGAGAGAGAGAGAGAAAGCACUGCUUUACCACAUGUGAAGCUUCCACCCUACAGGUGGGAACCAAGGGUUUGAACCCUGAUCUUUGCAUAUGGUAACAUGUGCACUCAACCAGGUGCUCCAUCACAUAGUCCUUGUCAAUGAUUUUUUCAUUCAUUGUAUUCUAGAUAGACAGCAAUAGAGAGAGAGAGAUACCAUAGUACACACAGUUCCACCAACCGUGGUCUCUCCCUUGUUGCUAUGGUGUUCCCAUGUGAUUCUGGGGCUUGAAUCCAGGACUUUAUGGGUGUUAAGAUUCUACAGGAUGAGUUCUCUCCCUGCUUCUGACCCUCCCCUUCAUUC